UAGAGGACCAAGACUGUAACUUUUUUCUUUCCUGCUCUCCAGAGCAUUUGACUCCCAGGGCUUGGCCCUCAAGUGUUUGUGGACAAGCUGGCUGAGCUCCCCAGCUGGGUCCCGACACUCCCAGUUCCGCACGUCCUUGCAGUGUUUUUUGUCCAGCCCGCCUCUCCUACACCUAACUCCCCCAUAAAUUCACUUCAUCGGAACUCAUGGACUGCAGCGGAGGACCUGAUGUGGUCCCUUCUUUAGGUGCUGUGCCUGAUGAACUUACUAAGAGGUCAUACUCAGGAUCUCCUUGGCAGAAUGGGACCAAUCCAAUGCCCUUGCCUGAGCCCGGGUUGGACCUGCAGGUCAUUGGAAUAGACUCUCAGAGCAAUCAGCAUUGCCAUGCCCAGCAGGGCCCCAGUGACCCUUAUAAAUGUCAGAAGGAAAGAGCCCAGCGCCAGUUGUAUGUAGCAGCCACCAUCUGCUUUGUCUUCAUAAUCGGAGAAGUUGUGGGGGGUUACCUAGCUCACAGCUUGGCCGUCAUGACGGACGCGGCUCACCUGCUUACCGACUUUGCCAGCAUGCUCAUCAGCCUCUUCUCUCUCUGGAUGUCCUCCCGGCCGGCAACCAAGACCAUGAAUUUUGGCUGGCAUCGAGCAGAGAUCUUGGGAGCUCUGCUGUCCGUGCUGUCCAUCUGGGUGGUGACAGGAGUCCUAGUCUACCUGGCCGUUCAGCGACUAAUCUCUGGAGACUAUGAGAUUGAAGGAGGGGCUAUGCUGAUCACUUCAGGCUGUGCAGUAGCAGUGAAUAUCAUAAUGGGAUUUACUCUUCACCAGUCUGACCAUGGUCACGGGCACAGCCAUGGACACAGCCAUGGGACCAAUGUGAAAAAGGAGGAGCAGAACCCCAGUGUCCGAGCAGCUUUUAUCCAUGUGGUUGGGGAUCUGUUGCAGAGCCUUGGGGUCUUAGUGGCUGCCUAUGUCCUCUACUACAAGCCCGAGUACAAGUAUGUGGAUCCCAUCUGUACCUUCCUCUUCUCCAUCUUAGUGCUGGGUACCACUCUGACCAUCUUGAGGGAUGUGAUUCUCGUGCUGAUGGAAGCAACCCCCAAGGGAGUGGAUUUCACUGCCGUCCGAGACCUGCUGCUCUCCGUGGAAGGAGUGGCCAGCCUACACAGCCUGCACAUCUGGGCUCUGACGGUAGCCCAGCCGGUGCUCUCCGUCCACAUCGCCAUUGCCCAGGAGGCAGAUGCCCAGGCUGUGCUGAAGGAGGCCAGGUCCCGGCUGCAGGGGAUGUUCCAUUUCCACACCACCACCAUCCAGAUAGAGGAUUAUUCGGAGGAUAUGAGAGACUGCCAGGAGUGCCAAGGCCCCUCUGACUGAGCUCCUCCCUCCCCUGAGCUGCUGCUGCCCGUCCCUGGGACUCAGUGAUGAGAAGUGUGUGGGACUGGGGAUGGGGAGGAGGAGGGGAACAUGUCUUGUGCUUUUUCAGACCUCCCAGGGUCCCCCAUCAAGACUUGGCCCACUCCCACCUUCCCACCUUCCCUUUUUAUAUAUAAAUUCACCAUCCUGGACCCCUUUUUGGGCCUUUGGACCAUAUUGGAUUGAUUGUCCAAGCUGAGCCAACCCAGCUCCUCCCUCAGGACCCCCUCUGCCAACAGUGCUCCCAGUUGGCUCCCCUUGGCUCACUCUAAGUACCGGCGUGGGACUCUGGUUAAUUUAUAAUAUAUGAUGACUUCUUUCUUCCA